CGCCCCUGUCGCAAGGCAAACCCUAGAGGGAGGCGAGAGACCAGAGACGCGAUGGCUAUUGGAGGACGCCAGGCGUAGUACGUCGUACCACGACUCGGCCAGAGUCCCUCAGCCCGUGGCAGUCCAGGAUCACCAGGAGGUGUCGGUCCCAGGUGGGGUGAGUUGUCGAGGUCGGAGCGUGCCGCGUGCAACGCCUCAUCUCCGGUCGCCGCCACCAACAAGCAGGGAUCAUCAGUUCUCACCUCCGGCGGCACACAGGCAAUUGACCCCGCAUGACAAUGCUGGAGCAGCGGACUAUUGAUUCGGCUUCCCGUGAAUUCAGACUAAACUAUGAGCAAACCAAGCGUUUUGCCAUUGACAAGGCAGUCUACUGUGAUCCGUUCUCCAUUUGCGGGCACAUGUGGCGGAUAGUCUGCUACCCAAGAGGGGAUAUUGGGUCUGACAGUGGUGAAUACCUCACACUCUAUCUGGAGCUGCUGAGCACAUCCACAAGUGGUAAGGCCAUCUGCGACAUCCUUUUAUUGAACAAGAACGGUAAGCCAUGUUCUAGGAUUGCAUCAUCAAGGGUUUGUGUUCCUCUGCCUCAUAGCAGGAAUGCUGCUGAAUGGGUCUUUAUCACUAGUAUGUAUAUUUCAUUUAAUAAUCUAGAGGAAAAUUUCCUGACAGAGGGACAUAUCACUUGGGUAUGCUCCAUCAUGGUUAGCCGUGAUGUCAGCAUCCCUAUGCCAGCCUCAGACAUUGGAAAACAUUUUGGUAUGCUGCUAGAUAGCAUGGAUGGGACUGAUAUUUCAUUCACAAUUGACAAUGAGACAUUCCAUGCACACCGAGCAGUGCUUGCUGCCCGUUCACCCGUCUUCAAAUCUGAGCUCCUCGGUUCCAUGGCUGAGUCUACUAUGCCAAACAUCACCCUCUGUGACAUUGCUCCAGCCACAUUCAGAGUCAUGCUUCGGUUUAUGUACACAGAUGCCUUGCCUAGAGAUGAUGAGCUCGGGGACUCUCCCUUAGAGAUGAUGCGACAUCUACUAGCUGCGGCUGACCGGUAUGCAUUGGACCGACUGAAGCUCAUUUGUGCACAGAGAUUGUUGGAUGGUUUGUCUGUCGACACUGUUGGUACUACCUUAGCUUGUGCUGAAAUGUACAGCUGCCUGGAGUUAAAGAGCAAGUGCAUUGACUUUUUUACAGCUGGGGAAAAUUUCAAGAAGGCUUUCUUAACUAAAGGUUUUAUUCAAUUGGUGCAGCAUUUUCCUUCCAUUAUUGAUGAGCUUCGAGAGAGGAUGGGACUAUAACCUGGUGGGGCAUACUGGCAUCCAAACUUGACUGGUUAUGGUGUUCAGAUAUAUAUUUUUGUGACUGGUAUGUGGUAUCACAAUUGAUGUGUCAAGCUAUGGAGCUGAGAUUAUGCAAACUUAAUAGCCUUGUAUUGUUUCUCUGCUGUCUUGGUGUUGUUAUGCUUCAUGCUUUUGAGAUGUUACUU